AUGACUGGCAAGUUAUUCCAGGAAACGACUAUGUAUAAUCCACUUUAUCCUUAUCCUUGCAUUCGCCAUUUUACCUUUCUGAGACAGGAGAUCUCAAGGCAUCCAUCUUACCAACAGUUCUUAAACAUUGGAAAGGAGCACCAGGGAGUUAACCAUGCCAAUAUCAGGAGCUGCUCCACAGUUGGAAAUAAUGUUCAAAAGGCGGUCGUCGAUGGAUAUCCUGUUCAGCAAGCCAUAGCCACAGAUUUGUAUCCAGAAUUCUGGGAUCUUGGACACAAGCUCUUCAAGAGCAUUCCAGAAAGCAUUCUGGCACUAUUCAUACCUGCGGACAUAUUCGAGCUGAAGGAUUUGGUCAAGCAACCCAUAGUCUCCAACCCCAAGCUCUCAAAAGUCCAAUCUUCCACCGAACUUUCUGGGAAUAUCUCUGCUAUUCAUGAGCUUGAGCUCACUGAGAUCAUGGCAGGCCUGUUGUCCUCUACUCCUGGGUCGAUGAUUUUCAGUUCUCAUAGAGGUAAUCUUGUCAGGGAAUGGUACUAUACACCCUUGCUGUGGCAGCUUGUCUCCCCCUCCAUCCCUUGGCCACCAUUUUUCGUGACUGUGCUUCAUGCUAAAGGCCUUCCCCCUCAUGCCAUUGGUGUUACCUCCCUGACUGCCACUGCCAUUGUCAUCCUGCAUAUUGAGAGAAAGAAGUGGAAAAAGAAGUGGCACAGCCACUCGAUCACUCUGCGGUUUCAUGGACUGGAGCGAUUGAUAUAG